AUGAGAACUGUAGCUUCAGCACCAGAUACUAUUACUCAAAUUGUUGGUGGUAAUCAAUUUAUUUAUGCUGCCUUUGGUUCUGAUAAUAUUGUUUAUUAUAACAGAAGUGAUUCAACUCAAAUUGAUGUCGCUACCAUGUUGGCUGCUACUAAUACUAAUGCUGGUUCUACUUUUAAAUAUGUCGCUUACCAUGGUCAAACUUCUGGAGGAAAUGAUAUCAUUUCUGCUGGUACUGUUAGUGGCAUCUUUGAUAGUGUUGGAUUGUAUUCAUGCGCUAUUGAUUCACAGAACCUUCCUGCCUCUUUGACGGCCUUUACUGGCACUUCUCCAACAAAAUUAUUUGGUGUGAGAGGAAAAUCAUCUAAUUCUCCAUCAGAUCCUCAAUUUUAUCUCAUGACAGAUCAAGGAAUUAUUGAAGCUGAUUCAUCUAGUUCUUCGCCUGUUGGCUCUGCUUCAUUUAGUACUCAAGUUGACUUGGAUUUUAAUUCUUCCAUGAUAUUUUAUUUGGAUUCUUCUAGUAAUCUUUGGUCGGGUUUGACUAGCAGUACUAAAGUUAUUGGCAGCGGACUUAAUUUACCAAGAUCUUUGAGCUUUGUUGAUACUUUUAAUCAAAUUUUUAUCUCUGAUACUGGUAAUGGUCGUGUUAAAGUUUUGGAUCUAUCCUCAAAUCAAGUUACCACCAUUGCCGGAGGUUCUUCAACUCUUCCACCAAAUGACUUUACACUUGUUAGCUCACCAACUAACUAUCAAAUUACUCCUACUGGUAUUUGGGUUGACAAGUCAAAUGGAUACGUAUACAUUGCCGAUGGAGCAUACAUAAGAGUUCUCACACCAACUUGUAACACCAUUUCUGAGGAUGCCUCUUCUUCAUAUCCUUUCUGUGUCUGCAAAUCAGGCUAUAUUCUCCAAGAUGGGGUUUGUGUUGUUAACAACUGUUUGACAUGUAACUCAAAUCAAACUUGCGUAUCAAAUGCCUGUGUCUGUAAAAAUGGUUAUUCUGGAGCUUUAUGUUCUGAAUACAAGUGUUUUGGUACCCCUAAAGAUAAUGUUGGAGUAUGUAGUAGUAGAGGUUAUUGUACUGCACCAGAUAAUUGUAUCUGUACUGACUCUAUGAAAUACUCAGGCGCUUCAUGUAAUGUUACUACCUGUAAUUCCAUCCCAUCCUAUCAAUCUAAUGUUUGUUCUGGAAAAGGUCAAUGUACUGAUUAUAACUUGUGUGUAUGUACCAACACAACUGAAUACGGAGGAGUAAAUUGUGAAUAUUUCAAAUGUAAUGGACUCAAUUCAAAUGAUGGAAACGUAUGCAGUAAGAACGGCACUUGUGUUGGAAUUAAUUCAUGUUCAUGCAAUUCAAAUUAUGCUGGUAACAACUGCCAGUACCCUAAGUGUAACGGAAUCCCAUCAACUGAUACUAAUAAUGUUUGUAAUAAGAAUGGUACCUGUGUUGCUGUUGAUACCUGCAACUGUAAUGUUAAUUACACUGGUCAAUUCUGUCAAUAUCCAAAAUGUAAUGGUACAGCUUCAAACGAUGCAAGUGUUUGUAACUCCAAUGGUGUUUGUAGUGGUGUUAAUAAUUGUGUCUGUAAUUCAAAUUAUACUGGCCAAUACUGUCAAUUCCCUAAGUGUAACGGAAUUGGCUCAAAUGAUAUUAAUGUUUGCUCAAAGAACGGUACCUGUGUUGCUGUUAAUACUUGUAAUUGUAAUGUUAAUUAUACUGGACCAUAUUGUCAGUAUCCAAAAUGUAAUGGCACGGCUUCAAAUGAUAUUAAUGUGUGCAGUAAGAAUGGUAAUUGUAUCGCUCCAAAUGUUUGUUCAUGUAAUUCAAGCUUUUCUGGCCAAUUCUGUCAAUAUCCAAAAUGUAAUGGAAUCCCAUCAACUGAUACUAAUAAUGUUUGUAAUAAGAAUGGUACCUGUGUUGCUGUUGAUACCUGCAACUGUAAUGUUAAUUACACAGGUCAAUUCUGUCAAUAUCCAAAGUGUAAUGGUACAGCUUCAAAUGAUAUUAAUGUGUGCAGUAAGAAUGGUAAUUGUAUCGCUCCAAAUGUUUGUUCAUGUAAUUCAAGCUACACUGGUCAAUUCUGUCAAUAUCCAAAAUGUAAUGGCAUUCCAUCAAACGAUGCUAGUGUUUGUAAUUCAAAUGGUACCUGUAUUGGUGUUAAUACUUGUAAUUGUAAUGCUAAUUAUACUGGUCAAUUCUGUCAAUAUCCAAAAUGUGGUAAUUGUAUUGCACCAAAUGUUUGUUCAUGUAAUUCAAGCUACACUGGACAAUUCUGUCAAUUCCCAAAGUGUAAUGGUAUUGGAUCCAAUGAUGGAAGUGUUUGUAAUGCAAAUGGUACUUGUAUUGGAAUUAACAUUUGUUCUUGCAAUUCGAAUUAUGCUGGACAAUUCUGUCAAUAUCCAAAAUGUAAUAGUAUUGCUUCGAAUAGUGGCAGUGUUUGUAAUUCACAAGGAUCAUGUGUUGCACCAAAUGUUUGUGUCUGUAAUUCAAAUUAUACUGGCACUUAUUGUGACAAACCAAGAUGUGGCAUCUAUUAUAAGGGUGAUGCUUCUGCUUGUAAUUCGAGAGGUAGUUGUGAUGCUGUUGAUAGUUGUACUUGUAGUGAUACAUCUUCUUGGGGUGGCAAUUUGUGUCAAUAUCCAAAAUGUAAUGCUGUUCUUUCAAAUGUUGGAACUGUUUGUAGCAGUAGAGGAACUUGUCAAUCUCCAAACAAUUGUUCAUGCACUGAUCCAAGUUCAUAUGGUGGUUCAUAUUGUGAAAAAGCAAAAUGUUAUGGAAUUCUUCAAGGAGAUUCAAAUGUUUGCAGUGGGCAUGGUACUUGCAGUGGUGUGAAUCAAUGUUCAUGCAGUGCUGGAUAUGGAGGUGAACAAUGUCAAUAUCCAAAAUGUUUCACUAUUUUGAGUAAUGAAACAACAGUUUGUAACAAUAGAAACGGUACAUGUACUGCACCUGAUACUUGUUCAUGUAACAACGGAUGGACUGGAAGCAAGUGUGAUGUUGCCAUUUGUUUUUCAAUUCUCUCCAAUUCAACAAAGGUUUGUUCAAACAAGAGAGGUAGUUGUGUCACACCAGAUAAUUGUGUUUGUAAAAGUCAAUAUUCAGGUUCUCAAUGUGAAUAUACCACUUGUUCUGGAAUAAGAUCAGAUCAAACAUCGACAGUAUGUUAUGGAAAUGGUCAAUGUAUUGAUUAUAAUACUUGUAAUUGUACAACUGGUUAUGGACCAUCCAAUGUAUGUCAAUAUCCAAUUUGUGGUGGCUAUUUGGCAAAUGAUACAAGAGUUUGUAACAAUUCAAGAGGUGUAUGUUUGAGACCAAAUGAAUGUAGACCAUUAGAUCCCGUAUGUUAUGGUAAAGCUCAGAAUAAUUCAAUGGUUUGUAGUGGACAUGGUUCAUGUAUCGAUUGGGAUUAUUGUGAAUGUAAAACUGGUUUCAAUGGAAAUGAAUGUCAAAAUUGGGAAUGUUAUGGAAAGAAUUAUACCAACUCAAAUGUUUGUAACAAUGGAAAUGGUACCUGCUCAUCUGUGAAUAAUUGUGUUUGUAACAGUGGAUGGUAUGGAAAUGAAUGUACAGUUCCAAUGUGUAAUGGAAUUCUUGCAAAUUCAUCCCUAGUUUGUAACAAUGGAAAUGGUACCUGCUCCAAACCAGGUGCAUGCCAAUGUAAUACUGGAUACACAGGAUCUGACUGUUCCAUUCCAAUUUGUUAUGGCAAAUUAGGCACUGAUACAAGUAAUGUUUGUUCAGGAAGAGCAGACUGUAUUGGUUAUAACAAGUGUAAUUGUGACACUUCCAAGUAUAGUGGUUCACAAUGUGAAUAUUUCAAAUGUUUUGGUAUUCCGUCAAAUGAUGCUUCAGUUUGCAGCAGAAACGGAACAUGUUCAGGUGUGAAUCAAUGUUCUUGUAAUUAUGGUUAUGGUUCUUCAAAUUGUGACAUUUUCACAUGUUCAAAUGUUCUUGCCACCAAUUCAAGUGUUUGCAGUGGAAAGGGUGUAUGUUAUGGAAUUGACAAGUGUUCAUGUGAUUCAGGAUAUUUUGGAUCAAAUUGUGAAAUUAUCUCCUGUUAUGGAAUUCCAAAGUCCAACAAUACUGUAUGUGGUGGAGUUGGUGAAUGUUCACAACUUGAUACAUGUGUUUGUGGAAGCGGUUAUAGAGGCUCAAUGUGUGAAUUAUCUUACACCUCUUCAUCUCAAGCAACACUUCAAUUCAACAAUACGAAUGAAUAUGUGAAUGAACAAUUCACAAGCAUGGUCACUUUGACAAUUAAUAAUCCACUCUUCGGCCAAUAUUAUUUGAGAAGAAGUGUUCAAGUUGUUGUUUCAUUUGAAAUUAAUUCACAAUUCAGUUAUUCUGAAACACUUUAUAUUGAAAAUGGAGUUUCAUCUGUUUCAUUAAUGGUGAAAUCGUUGAGUCAAACUGGUACAUUGAAAGCAUCUGCUCAAUUAAUUGAUAAUAGCACAUUGAUUUCCAUUUCAGAUAGUAUUCAAUCUUCAAAUAGCAUUACAAUUCAAAAUAGACCUAUUGUUGUUCCAUCUACAAAGACAUCCACAACCAAACCAACAACCUCUGCACAAACAAGUAGAGCUGUUAUCGAUACAGGAAGUAAUGCAGGAGCCAUUGCAGCUGGUGUUAUUGUUCCAGUGGCAGUUAUUGGAAUUGGAGGUGGUGUCACUGCAGCCAUUGUCACAGCAGUUGUUUUAUUAAAGAAGAAGGCUGCUGCAGCUGCUGCCGCAGAAAUUUCCCAUGCUCAACACGUCAAUGUUGAACUUGUUGAAGGUUUCUAA